GUUUGAUCCCUCUUUAUUUAAUUCAUUUCAUUAUUUGCAAAUGCCAUUGAUCAUUGUAUGGAUUUGUGUAAAUUCUACAUGAUAUGAAAUAUUACUGUUUUUGAGAUUGAGUAAUCUAAUUUCGUUAACAGACUACAGUUUCUGUGUAUUUUCAUGAGCCGUUUUUUGUUUUUGAAUUGUUACUCAUAUUUCUCUCAGAUACGAUAAUACUAAAUAUGAUUAAUAUAAUUUUUUAGUUUCAAUCCAAAUCAAAAUUUAAAAAAUAUUAUAUAUUAUAAUAGCAGCAGUAAUAUUAACAAAAAAGUAAUCAUUAUAUAGAUACAAUGAAUCAACAGCAGCAACAACCACCACAGCAACAACAACCACAACAGCAACAGCAACAGCAGCAGCAGCAGCAGCAACAACCAUCAUCACAACCACAAAUGAAUGACGACCAAAAAAGAUCUAAUGAACAAACUGAUGAAGACGAUUGUCAGUCUAAUGAAGGAUUUGUUGUGAAGAUGCGUGGACUACCAUGGUCGGCUACGGCUGAUGAUAUAAUCAAAUUUUUAAGCAUAUUGGGUGAAGCAAAGGUUAAAGAUGGUGCUGCUGGAGUACAUUUGACUAUGGCUAGAGAAGGAAGACCUAGUGGUGAAGCUUAUGUUGAAAUGGAAUCCGAAGAAGAUCUUAAGGCUGCUCUUAAGAAAGAUAGAGAGCAUAUGGGCAAUCGUUACAUUGAAGUAUUUCGAUCAAAACGUUCAGAAAUGGAAUGGGUUAUUAAAAAAACUGGUUCAACACUUGACAGUGUACUAGAUGAUAAUUGUGUUCGCUUAAGAGGUCUUCCCUUUGGGUCUACUAAGGAUGAUAUUGUACAAUUUUUCCAAGGGUUGGAGAUGACAUCAGACGGUAUAACCAUAGCAACCGACUUCACGGGGCGGAGUACGGGGGAAGCUUUUGUACAAUUUGUAGACAGAGAGAAUGCAGAGAAAGCUCUGCAGAAACACAAGGAGAAAAUAGGACACAGAUAUAUUGAGAUAUUCCGCAGUAGUUUGGCAGAAAUUCGCAAUCAAGCUCUGCAAAGAAGACCUAGACAAACUCCAUAUGACCGUAUGGAUCGUUUUGCUAGUAGUGGUGGCAGUGGUGGUAGUGGACGGUACUUUGAUAUGCCUAUGAGGACUGGGCGUAAUAUGAAGUCAUUUGGAAAUAAUGGUUAUGAUAAUGGUGGUGAUCCAUGGAGUAGUGGUAGAAGUAUGGGUGGACCAAGAGGAGGCGGUGGUGGUCAAGGUAUGAUGGGAGGCAGUAGCGGAGGUGGCGGAGGAGGAUGGAAUAGCAAUAACUGGAAUGCUCCACCAAGUAGACCAUUAUAUGUUGUACAUAUGAGAGGAUUGCCUUUUAAAGCAAAUGAAGAUGAUAUUGCUACGUUUUUUGAACCAUUGGAACCUGUUGAUAUACGUAUUCUUUUCAAUAACAAUAAUCGACCAUCUGGAGAAGCAAAUGUUGAAUUUGGUAACAAAGAAGAUGCUAUGAGAGCUAUGUCAAAAGAUAAGACAUACAUGCAACACAGAUACAUUGAACUAUUUAUGGAUGGACCAGUAGGAGGUGGUCCAGGGUCUGGUGGUAAUAACUUUAGUAUGGAUGAUAUGGGACCACCAAAUUCAGGCAAUGGUGGAAACUUUGGAGGAUUUGGAAAUAAUUCAUUUGGCGGCAGCAGCAGUGGUGGUGGUGGGGGAAAUUCUUUUGGAAACAAUUCAUUUUCUCGACGUAAUGACAACUCUGGUCCUAACUCAUUUUUUUCAAAUAAUAUGGGUGGAGGUGGAUAUCCAAGACCUUCUGGACCAAGAAAUAUGUCAGGACCUGGUCCCAAAUUUAAUCCCUUUUAAUAUUGAUUAUAAAUAUAAAUUAAAUAAAUUGUUUGACUUUAAAGUAUUAUCAUGUGUUUGCAGCAGAUUGAUAUUUUUUUUUUAUUUCUUUAACUAAUAAUAUAAUUAUGAUUAUGUUCUUUAAAUCUAAGUACUAACUUAUGUUAGUUUUACCAUUAAAGUGUUAUUUAAUUUUGACUACCUAAUUUAUGGUGUAUUCACAUAGUAUGAUUUUGUAAUAUAAUUAAUUUUGAAGAAUAUGAGAACACGCUUAAUUUGUCACGACAUUAUAGGGCAUAUGUUGUAACAUGAGUUUCCUAUUCUAAUAUUAGGUAAUUUUAUAAUGUGGAAUUUAAAAAUUAAAGUAUUUGGAAUGGAAACCGUUGGGAAACAGCAUUUUAAUGUUAAUAAAGAACCUUUUUUUAUUUAAUACAUCGCAACUCGUGUUUUGCAUAACACCUAUUUUUUAAUGUAUACAUUAAGGAAACAAUUUUAUAUUGAUUAAUAUUAGUAUUUGUAAUAAAGCUUCUGAAAAAUAAAUGAUUACAUUUUUUAA